AUGGCGGCACUAAGUACGAACUUGGCGGAUCUGCCGCUGCAGACGUUUCACCAGCUUUCUCAUUGCUUGACGAACAACGAUCUUUGGCUCGAGAUUGUCGAUACAAAUCAUCUCACAAUCUAUUCAAUGAGGUUCCGAAUCGAUGGAAUUCAACAAAAUGAAUGAACAUCCUUGGUUUAGCGCAGACGAGGUUGAAACUCUUCGGCGGCAGCGUAAUCCAGGCGAGGCAGCUCUUCGGUUAUGGGGGAACCGUGGUCAAACGGUACAGUCGAUUUCAAUACAUUUCAUUGAAGUGUUUUGGGGGAAAAAAAAACAUGAAAAACUCAAGGCGAAGAAGUUUUUGCAGUGUAUGCUUGUUUUUUUUUUCAAAGUCUUUCAGAUCUCUAAAAUCUCAGCAAAAACAUUUUAAUGUAGUGCGUUCCGCGCGAGACGGUCACGUUAUAAAAUAACUAACGUAAAAUAAUUUUCGUUUUAUGAUACUGCAAAACUUUCAAAUAUACCCAUUGAACUGACUGUCAUGAAAUAAGCUCUGGAACCUCAGGUACAAGACUUCUUGGCGCGACUUCAGCAACUCUCCAAAAUUUCUCGAGCCCUUGACAACCCUCAACUCAUUUUGUCGCGCAAGUUCAGUGAGUAGUAAAGCCAUAAAACAAGAUGGAAAAAAAAACUUCUCCCUACCUGAAAAUAUAUUCUGACCAUGAAGAAAGAUGGAAACAUGUUUCACAGACAAUGUGUCAAAAGUAUCUCAAAUCUAGAGCAUGAAUAGAAAAAAAAAAGCCGUGCAUCAGAAUUAUUUAUUCAUUUUAACAGAAGAGCUACGCUGGGGCCGAUCCGAACAAGUAACGAUUUCGGUGACAGAAUCGACGAUUCGACUGGAUUGCAAAGCCGUUGGCUUCCCAUCGCCAAAUAUCCUCUGGUACAAGGGAGACGACACCAUUUCCGACGAGAGAAUCUUGGAAAUUCCCAGGUUUUGCGAGUAGAAAAAUUGCGAAAAGACAGCUUUUUUUUGAGGUGCGCAUGUGUGGCACGGUGGACGUUCAGAUGUUUCGCUCACAAUGAAGUUCGCGAAGGGUUUUCCUUUUCUGCGUUUUACCGCAGGGCCGGCAAGCAAUUUUCCUCGACCUUAGAGUCCAAAGAAAUAGAUGUCGCGCCAUUUAUACGCGAAUCUGACCGUAAGUGACUGCAUACGAAAAAUUUGAAAAAAAAACUUGAAAGAAAUAUAAUAAAAGUUUCAUAGCGGAUCACAUCAAACUUCAAAAAACGUUUAAAAGCCCGAACACCUCACGAAAGAAAUUUCUAGCAAUAGAUCUUGCUUUCGAGUUAUGAAGCUUCAAAUUCCGCAAAAUACGCAAAUCGGGUUAAAAACGUUCCCUCAAACAGCAAGGCUGUCAAAAUUUGAAUAUCACAACUUUUCACGAAACAAGUAUAUAUCUCAUGUUUCAGUAUGCGACAAAUGUCGACCGAACAGUUACAACGACCUGCGGGAAAUCAUGAAUCUCAAUAAUGACGAAUCUCCGCAGCAAAACGUUCAGUGUAGGGAUCCUUGAAAGGAGAUCGAGAAGAAAAAAAUAAACCUUCAGCACUGAAUCAGGAGGACGAGUCCCUGAUCGCCGCGGACAAAGUUGCGAUGAUCAUCAGUAACUGUGCCUACCGACAUCUUCCCGAGCUCGUCACACCUCACUGCGACGCCGAAACCCUCGCCAUGGCUCUGCAGGUUCUGAACUGUCAAAGUGAAUUUGAUCCGAAAGCAUUUCUUUUCUGCAGUAUCAACUUGAACUGGCUAAGACAAACGAGAUGAAUGAAACUCAAAAAGCAUUAUUAAGAGGCUCAAAAAAAAGUGAAUAAGGUGUUGAAAGUGCUUUUGAAAUGAUAUUUUUUACUCACAAGGAACGUCAUUUCUUUUACUUUUCAGAUUUCUCAGAAAAUUGUCCAGAACAAUUCUUGAUGUAGCGAAAGAAGAUUCUAAAUGUCUCAACCGUCCGAGAAAACCCGAGAAUCCGUUAAAAUAAGCUGUUUCGUGGACUUUGAGUUCUUAUUUCUCAAAAACUAGAAAGUUUUGAAGGUUGAGACUUUCAGAACCUUAUUUUGGUAUAUACAUCAAGGAGUGCUUCCGCCAUUUUUCAGGAAAAUCCCAACUGAAAAGUGAAAAACCUCCCUUGUCAGAUUCUCGUUUGAUUUCAACAUAAAUGUCCGUAAAAAAUGUUUCGAAGCUCUUAAUUUUACUCCGCGAUUCCAGGAAAUGAAAUACAAGACCGUAACUCUGGCGGACCUGACUCUGGAAGAAAUGAAGUUUGUUCUGAAGGAAUAUCGGAAACUUUUGGGGAAUGGCGUCUACGGUGAGGAGAUUUCAGCUUCAAAUAAUGGCGAAAAAAACCUUUUAGCCGUGUUUUACUUUGUGGGCCACGGGUUCGAAGUCAAUGGCCAGUGUUACCUUCUCGCUGUAGAUGCGCCGGCCGACGCUCAUCAGCCGAAGCAUUCGCUCUCUAUGGAUUGGGUGAAUGAAACGCAUUUUCUCUUUAUUUUUCACUACCAUUUUUUUCAAGGCUUUUUUCACGCAUGAAGCUUGAAAUUCGAUAAACUAACUUAAAAAAACCAGGUGCUGUCCACGUUCCGCGACUACAAUCCCGCUCUGAACUUGAUUCUGCUGGACGUUUGUCGCAAGUUUAUUCCUUACGAGUGCAUCCCGGCGUUUGUCGAGUACGCGGAGCAGUUCAAGGCAAGACAUCGUCCGUCUCGGAACGUCGUCUAUGGAUAUUCGACGAGUGGUGGCGUCGGCGCCUAUGAAGUUGUUUUUUCUGUGAUUCUCAAGUGAAUAUAAAUCAUUUCAAGGUGAAAGGUGAGAUAAACGGUGUGUUCAUGAAGUAUCUCAAGAAUCACGUCAUGCUCAAUCGCUCCGUUUUCGACAUGCUCAAUCGCGUUUUAAAAGGUUUUUUUUCACUUUGGCGAAAAACAAUGGAGCGAUUCGCAAAGUUGUCAGCUCGAUUCCAUCUUUGAGAUAUCAUCUUGAAAAUUUUCACGAGAGAACGCAUCAAUUUACUAUAAUUAUAUCAAAGAUCCUUUUUGGAUCGGUAAUUCUGUUGGAGUUUCAAUCCAUUAAUUCAUGUCGUCACUGAUUUUUGACAAUACUUUCGCUUACUAUCUUUAAGACUAUACUUUCGCUUACUAUCUUUACUAUCUUCAUAUCAUUUUAGGUGUAUCAUUUACAGGCUCAAUAGCUUUCGCAGGUCAAAAAAAAUAAUUGCGAUUACGGUGCAUUUUGAAACGGAUUUAAUUUGAACCACGCUCUCGUGUCUAGUGCUUUUCCAAGACUAUUGAUGAAUGUAAUACAGCCGAACUCAGACAUCGAGGAGGACAAGAAGGUUUGCGACGUACAGGUGCCAGAGGUGCGGAGUACGUUGUCACGACCAAGAAGCCUGUGUGAUCCGCUGGUUUUCGACGGCCACACCUUCUCUUUCGACCAUCAUACUCUUCAUUGGCGCCUCAUGCACGGUUUUUCUUCAUUUUUUGAUAGCCUUUUCAGAACCAAGUUAAGUGACCUCCGCAAACUUUAGAAACUUGUUGAAUUUUUCAUGCAUCUCCACUAAUAAAAGUUUUUUAGAACUGCCGAACCCGGUGAUUGUUCGCUUCGAAGCUGAGUGUCUCUGCGUAACGAUUUGGUUCGACUUCUGUGGUCAUUUCACCAACAAAGUCCGAAAACUGGCCAAACCAUUCUUAUUCCAUAUGUUUGCAGGUGUACGUGUUCUCUUCGGUCGGGGAUCUGAGGUCAGAGACCAACGACGAUGACGAUGACGUGAGGCUGAGCCAGAAGGCCUUGGAGCACAGAGCUUACCUCUCAUUCGUCAAAGCGAGUGAUCCAUGCUAACUCUUUACCGUAAACUUGACAGGACUUGCAUACUACGAAAGAGAAGAUCUUCACCGACGACGAAGAAGGCGUCUCUAUGUGCUGGCUGCUUUCCAACUUGCAGAGGAAUAAGGUAUUAACUAACUUUUCCAGGGAAAUUUUUAGAAAUUCCGAAAGAGGAAUGGAAUUUUUUUAAAGGCUACAUUUGACGAAGUUGAUCUAGAGGAGACAUAUUUAGUGGUUACGUAACAGAUCCUUUGAUCGAAAUUUCAAUAGAAACAUAUUAAAAACAGUUACAAACCAGAAGUAUUCAGGGCGAGUUGACGUGUUGUGUCGACCUGAAGCACAUUUCAAAUCUCGAAAAAGCUGUCGCCACCAAAGUCACCGACAUCGGUCACGUCCUCAUAACGCGCAUCGAGAUGUUAAAGUAA